AUGAAGAAAAAAAAUCCACCCGAAACGCUUCAAAGUCUCCUCAAAUAUGAGCACAAGCCUGGUCAGGCGCAAAGGUUUCUCGCUCGCAUGGGAAAGAAUUUCAGAUGGCCCUUCUCCAUGCCAGAAUAUCUCAGAAGGCAUGCCUUCAAAAAAAUCGCUGACGUUGAGUUCGAAUUUGAUGACGAAGUCGGAUUUAACUUCAUAUUUUUCUACAACGCACUCGAUAUGGGUGAAUUUACGGGACAUGAAAACGAGUGGGUGACGGUAUACAACCAGAAGGUAGUAGAGUAUGGAAAGGAGUAUAGCGAUGAUCAAUUGGACUACGUUCUCGAAACUAUGCCUGGUGCCAUCCAACUCCCGGUUGAUCAGACACGUCUGCCACGUAGCAAGCCAGCGAAGAUGGCUAUUUCUAAGCGUGCUAAUAGUGGAGAUGAUUACAAGGUUUGA